AUGUCAGGACUUUCAAGCCUCGAGAUCGACGUAUUCGAUCGCCACAUCACUGAUCUCAUGCAAUGCAAGCCUCUCGCAGAGCUCGAGAUCAAACUUUUAUGUGAAAAAGCCAAAGAAAUCCUUGCUGAAGAAUCAAAUGUCCAAGCUGUCAAAUGUCCUGUCACAGUCUGCGGAGAUAUUCAUGGCCAAUUCUUUGAUUUGCUAGAAUUAUUCAGAAUUGGUGGCAAAGCGCCUGAUACUAACUAUUUGUUCACUGGCGAUUAUGUUGACAGAGGAUACUACUCAGUCGAAACAGUCUCCUUGUUAGUCUGCUUAAAAGUCAGAUAUCGCGACCGCAUUACCAUUACCCGUGGAAAUCACGAAUCAAGACAAAUUACGCAGGUUUAUGGGUUUUAUGAUGAAUGUAUGAGGAAAUACGGAAAUGCAGCGGUCUGGAAAUAUUUCACUGAUCUUUUUGAUUAUUUGCCGGUCACAGCGCUUAUUGAAAGCCAAAUUUUUUGUCUCCAUGGAGGAUUGUCGCCUUCUAUUGAUAUAAAUUUGUAUUUAAAAUAAAUUGAUAAAAAUUUCUUUUAAAAAUCAUAUUGGGAAAUUUAAGGGAAAAUUUUAUACGUUAGAUCAUAUCAGACAGCUCGAUAGAAUACAAGAAGUCCCACACGAAGGGCCAAUGUGUGAUUUAUUAUGGUCUGACCCAGAUGGGAGAUGCGGAUGGGGUAUUUCACCUCGUGGAGCUGGAUAUACAUUUGGCAAAGAUAUUUCAGAGCAAUUCAACCAUACCAAUAACCUGACUUUAAUAGCGAGGGCUCAUCAGCUAGUAAUGCCAGGCUAUGACUGGCAGCAUGAAAGACAUGUUGUUACGAUCUUUUCAGCGCCUAAUUACUGCUAUAGAUGUGGAAACCAAGCUUGCAUCUUAGAAAUUGAUGAAAACUUGAAAUAUACUUUCCUUCAGUUUGACCCAGAUCCUAAUUUCCCCUAAAGAAUGAGUAAGUAAAACCAUUGGAAAAAUGUUUAAAAGAAAAAUUUUUAAUAUAAGUUUUUAGAGAAAAUAUUUUUAUAUAUAUUAAUUAUUAUAAAGAGUAUUUAAAGACAUCUUGCAUUUCAAAUAAAUUAAUAAAAUUAAAUUAAAAAAAUAUAUCGAAAUUUUUUUUGAUAUUUAUAGGAUUUUUUUAAAAAAUAAUUUUCCCCUUUUAAGAAGGAAUAUAAAAAUCUAGCUCCUCUAAAGAUGGGAGUAAGCAAAAUGAGCCUAACCAAGUAAGAAAAACUCCAGACUACUUCUUAUAA